AUGAUGCAACAUCAAGUUCGUAAUGGUCUACGAAAAACUAAACAUACAGUCGAUGUAAUCGUUGCUUGUUCGACACCAAAAAUUUUAUGUGAUACCAUUGUUGCUGCUGCUGGAGAACAAGUAAAACGUGCCUUUAAUGAACAAUCAUUAUAUGGUACACAAGAGAUUGAAACAACAGGCGGUAAUUUACCAUAAGUGAGAAUUAUAAUGACUGGUCCAAACAACGAUCAAUUGAUUCAAUAUCAAAAUAAAAUAAAACGAUUGGCUCAAUCAUGUUCAUCAAAACUUCAUCUAACUGAGGAAACUGACAUGGACGAUUGGUCCCAAGAAACCGUUGAGAAAUACUAUGAUUAUUGUUUACAAAGACGGGUUAUACCAACAAUCGAUAUUCAAAACUCAACUUUGCAUUUAAUAGGUCCUAAAGAUGCGGUUAAUGAGGUUGAAAAGUAUUUUCUUCAAUUAACUGCUGAAAUUUUACGAAAUGCAUACACUCCAGUUUUAUCAUGUGGCUACAUCUGGUCCGUUGAAAUAUCAUCCGGUAAAUGGACACAAUAUUCAUAUAGAAUAAAUAAACUUAUUGAGAAUGCUUACUUAAAGAAGCUUUCACAUUAUGCUGCACAUCGUGAUGAAUAUACACAAUCUGAUGAACGAUUACUUUUUCAUGGUUGUUGUAGUAUAUCAGCUGAUAAAAUUGUACAAGAAUGUUUUAAUCGAGCAUUUGCUGGCCUUCAUGGAGUUCUCUAUGGUAAAGGUGUGUAUUUUCAUGAACACACGGCAUAUAGCAAUAAGUAUGCUAAACUAAAUUCUAAAAAGGAACGAACUAUGUUCUUAGCUCGUGUUCUGAUUGGUAAGACAUGUAUUGGUAAAUCAUUGAUGAAAGUACCACCUGAAGGUUUUGAUACAACUACAGAUGGUCGACAUAUUUUUGUGAUUUAUCAUGAUGCUGGUGCGUAUGGUGAAUAUCUUAUAACAUACAAAUGA